AAUACGAUCAAGCGUAUAAAGAUGAUGGGAACAAAAGCCAAGAGCUGAUAAACUUAUGCAAAGAAUUCGUGCCUUUUACGCAAUGUGUAGAUAUUCAUCAGAUUAAGCGGCGAUUAUAUAUUGUCAAAGGAAAUUCUAUAUACAGACGGUGCUGCUGUUUUGAUGGACACAAUUUUAGAGUGGAAUAUAACCCUUCAGGUGCUCUGAAAAAUAUUUGUGGCAUCAAAAUGAGAAACCAUGACCAAGGACCCUUCAAAAGCUGUGUAUCCCAUAUUCAGCCCUAAUUUUGCUGCUAAGAAAUUUAACCUUCGACCUCUGCCGCCAAUAAAACCCGUAAAAUCUGACGACAAAAUGUGCAUUGGGCGAAUAGGAUGUUCCGGGCGUGUGGGGAUUUUCCUGGUGCUUGGAGUGAUCUUGAUUGUUUUGGGACUGGUUUCGCUGGGGCUGAACAUGAAUAUUGGGGGAAUUACAACGUCCAAGGAGCAUACAGAGUUGAUGCCCCUGUAUAUACCUUGCGGAUUGGUAAUCUUCUCAGGACUUGUGGUCAGUUUUCUAUUCUGGAAGAGAUUCAAAGUGCUGGUCUUGAUGUCGAUUGGUCUGAACACAGCCACUGCUUUCCUGUGCAUCAUCGUCGGCGUUAUAACGAUCACUCACAUUAUUACGCCACUUCGCAACAUGACUUCCUGUCGGUACUACACCUCACAGCGACUAUGCCAGUGCUUUUCCCCAUAUCAGAGAGACGUUUUUAAUCUGGAUUUUUCAGAAAAUGAUUUAACAAAGUAUGCGUUCGAGGCAGCCACAGGUUGUGAGGACAUUCAACACACGUUGCCCAAUCUUCUGUACGGGAUCUCGAUCGUGUUCUGCAUCGCCUUUGUGAUUGCGUUUGUAGCGUCUACAUUGGCACUUCUGGUGUUGAGAGCGGAAAGACUUAAACGGGGAUUUCUUGGUGAGGACUCUUACGAAGAAGUUUACACAGUCAGUGGGUCAUCACAGGACCAAUCAGAUAGCGAAUCAGAGGUCAAUAACGAGGUAGUGACCUCUACUCAAGGUCACCUCAGUAUUUCUAAAAAUAGCACCAGCCUCUCUCUGGGCAACACUGGGGAAAGCACCCCAGUCAGUUACAGUUCUAUUAAUAGAUCCAAUGUGGGCUCUGUAAAUAGAUCCAGAACCUCUGCCACUGAUCCAAAUGCCAUCACACCACCGCAGUUAAUCAGCAAGGUUCAAGUGAGUGCAGUUCAAGGUCAAAGGUUAAAAACUCCAGGACUAAAUGACCUAGACCUUGGCAAAGAAAGCUUGGCAAAUAGAUACCGGAUAUCAAAAACACCCGAUAAUGAACUUAAUGUGCGUCAGAGACUGUCAAAAACUCCUGAUAGAGAAAUCGGGUCAAAUCGCAGAAACAGUUUCACGGCAUCAAAAAGACUGAGCAAGUCCUGUGACUCUCUGGAAUCAUUUGGUAACGAGGCGCAAGAAAGAACCAAAAGUCUGGGAACUGAGGGUAAGAAAAAAUCAAAAUUAAAAGAUCACAGGCGAAAAGGAAAACGGGCCGCAACAGUUCACACGCUUGACACUGACCAACUCCUAUUAAUACUGAACCUUCAGAUGCGAUAUCUCCAGGAAGCAAAAGACACUCCGCAAAACAACAGCGCAAAUUUAGGAACAGCAUUUGCUUCUGGAUCACGCAGAGCUGUCACUCCACAACCAGUUUCACAUAAAUCUGUUAUACCUCCGAAAAUUCGCUCACAUACCCCACAACCUAGAAGAGCUGCAGAACGACUAAGAGCAGAAGCUUACGCUCAGAAUCUACACUCCAUUAAUAACUACCAUAAUCAAAAUCACCAUACAUUUGGUAAAGGUCAGGCAAAAGGUGUAUUGGAUAGUGAAAAUAGCUCACGUAGAACGUCAGAAUCAAGCGAGCGUACUAGUGACCUGCUUUUGGGUAACGUAAAUUGUGAUAGUGAGUUCCAGUACUUCCAAGGUCAAAGAUCGGGAAGUCUGGGAAAUUACGCUGACAGUUACUUACACUCUCAGCAGAUCAAAAGUGCAACUCAAAAUUCACAAAACUCUCAAAUUUCCAUAAACAAACCCUACCAGCCAUACAUUUUCUCAGCAGACGUCCCGAUUUCAGGUGAUCAACAUUUUGUCACAUAUUCUGAUAGCAUGCUGAGUAAUAUACCAUCACAACCAAAAUCCAGACCUUCAGUUCAAAAUGGCCUCCUUCCAACUCGACCGCUGCAGCGCAGCCCUCAUCAGCAACUGCCUGCAACUCCAGUUUCCCGUAGAAGCGAUACAAGCACGCAAUUGCAUCAGCAGCCCAUACAUCGUGGAACUUCUGCGUUUAAAGUUGUGGAUCGGAAGGUUCCGUCUAGAAGCCCAUCGAUUGGUAGUGAUCGAAGUGGACAGUUGAUGGUCGAAUCAUCGUCCUCUUCACGGCAGAUGUUCGGGAAAGUUAGAGACGAAAUGCGGGAUCCGAUUCUGGAGAACUUCAGUCUCAGUUCCAAACAGGGCAUUGAUGGGGAAGCAGAUUUGGUGGGAGACUCGAUAGGAUUGCAUGAUAGCGAGGGAAAUUUCAUUCUAAGAGACAGAAAUUACCGUCCAACUGAAGAGGCCCUGCCUCCAUAUUCAGGUCCGCCAUCCUACAAAGAUCACGUUUCAUCCAGUAAUACCUCUGUAACCUCAUCACUUUCUUCCAAUCCAGAUGACAUCUACAGCUUUCCAAAACAGCGGUCACGUAGGAACAGCGAUCUUGCAAAGAAUAGCAGUAAAAAAAGUGCCACUGAAAAAAGAAGUGCCAAGAAAAGUAGUUCCAGUGACCAAGUGAAUGUGGGGUCUUCAGAUGGAGGGAAUAGUUCUGGACGGCUCUUUAGGUUCACUGGGGCUGCUGUGACAGGGUUUAACCAACAAGACAAAAGUGUUCCUAAUAGUAGCAAUGAAUAUAAGGUCAAAGGUCAUGGAUCUGGGAUUAAGGUAAAGGGUGAAAGCAAAGCGCCACCUCAGGGCAUGGUAACUGCUGAAAUUAGUUCAGGUCUAAACCGGGUUAAGCAGAUUAUUGUUCCGGAAGAUUACUACACGAAUGUUAGCAAUGUGCAAAGGUCGAACACUCGUUUUGUGAAAAAUAAAACACCUAUUCAGGAACCAGAAUAUGGGAAUACAAAAUCUGGCGAGUUACAGGGAUACAAUUAUCUGAGUAAUAAUUCAGAACCAGGACAGAUUGGGUCAGAUGAAAAAUAUCAAGAAUAUGAGGAUGUUUAUGAAACUGGGUCAAAGGAUGGUGACAAAAAGAGGUGCGGGUCUAUAAAGGAGAGUUUAAAACCCGGGGACAAUAAAUCCAAGAACAGAACAUAUGCAUCAGACGGUGUAUCAAACGUGCACGGGAUAUCUGAUAUGUCACUUAUCAAUUGUAAAAUGUCUGCCGAUGUUGCUAUGGCAGUUAAUCAGGGUAAUGGUUCUGUCAGUAAUGUACGUGCUGAUGUGAAGAAAAGUGUUCCUAAUAUUCAGCUUAAUAGUUUGAGCAUCAACUCAAAGACUGAAGACGAUGAUGACGAUGUUUUUAUUGACAGUCGAGAAAAAAUGUUUGAUUCAAAGCCAUCAAGAAUUCCCAAUAUUUCGAAUAACAAUUAUGAAGAAAUUAACGAUUUGGAGCUGGUCAAUAGAGUUACAGAUUCAAAUAAUGGGCCAAAUCAUUUAGAAUCAACCAAUCAGGAUGUUCUGGAUUCUGGUUAUAUGAAAAUGACGCUUCCUUCAAAGGUAAUUCAGCUUUCAAACUCCGAAACUUAUGGCAUAGCAGUGCACUUGACUGGCCCGUCUGGCAUUAACACACCUUACUAUGUAACUGAUCUCAUAGCCAAUCAAAAUCAUUUGUCCGGAUUCAUGACACAGAAUCAGAGCAAUAAGAAUCCUUCUUUAGGAGAUUCUGAGAUUUCAACCAAUCAAAAUGGACCUUUAAGUCAUGUUGACUUUGCCUCGACCAAUCAGAGAGGACCUAUUUGUCAUGAGAAAAAGAUAAUGACCAAUCAGAUUAAAGGACAGAGAGUAGAACCUGCUGGUUUUGAGGAACCAGAUGAUUCUAUUGAUGAAGAGUUUGAAGAAACUGGUGUUUAAUUUGUUGAUUUUCAUUUAACAUGAUUAUGAGGCCAAUGUACAUGUAAUUGUCAUUUGAUUCAACUGACAUCUUAAAGCCACACACCUUAUUUGGCAUAGUAAAUUUAAGUAUAAAUAAGAAACAUAUUUUAUUUAUGCCAAUUAGAAUAUAUUUGGUGGUUACAAGGUAGAAAUCCGUCUUUUUGCGCUUUAAAACUUAAAAAUAAUCGCGUUUGUCAAAAUGGACAUAUACCUCUAGAAAUCCUACUUUCGUUUUUAAGGGCGUUUCCGUUUGAAAAAUAAUAAAUUACUAGCUAACUAGGCUAUAGAUUUAAUUUUAUCUAUGCCAAUUAGAAUAUAUCUGGUGGUUACAAGGUUAAAUCCGUCUUUUUGCGCAUUAAGACUUAAAAAGAAUCGCAUUUGUCGAAAUGAAAGUAUACGUAUAUAAAUCCUACUUUCGGCUUUAAAAGCGUACCUUCCGUUUGAAAAACAAUAAACUACUUGCGAACUAGGCUGUAGAUUAAAUUACAAUUUUGCACACUUUCAAAUUGCAUCUAUAUGUAUUUAUUAACAUGUAUUUCAUUUCAAGGUGUGUGGCUUUAAGCAAAAUUAGGUUUUAGGUCACCCAAACUUUUUUUUUUAUUAAUAUCAUAGAUUUUCUUUAACUAUUUUUACUAUACUUACAAUAUGUCUACAUAUUUUUUCAUUACAGAUAUUUAAUAACAAAACUUUAAAUCAGUAUAAAACAAACUUUUAAAUGUCAAUAUUAAUUUUCCAAAUAUUAAAAUUUUAAAAAGACUGAUGCGUAGUUAAACUUUAAAGUGUUAGCAUUGAUAGAUUGCCAUUUUGUUGUAUAACCAUAACUUCUAGAGCCAAUCUUUGUUAUGUUGGCAUACAAUCUUCUUAAACCAUCUUUAUAUCAAGGAAUUCAAUAGAGUUUAAAAAUCAGGAGUCAAAUGACACCAUGCUUUACAUCUUUUGGGGUGAGAAUUUUUAAGCCAAAUGCUAUUUUAAUUCUGGAAUACAUCUACUCUGAAAAUGUUGUUGUGUGUG